AUGGCGGUAGACUUGGAAUCUGGCUCGAAAGACGGCCACCUUGACCGACUAUCUAGCAAGCCCAACCAACAAACAAGUGAUCAAGCGACAAAAAACAAUGUCGUCGACUGGGAUGGGCCUGAAGAUCCCCAGAAUCCGCUGAAUUGGCCAGCAUGGAAACGCAUGACGCAAGUCGUCCUCGCCAGCGCUUUCUUGCUCACUGCCAACCUCGCCGCGACAAUGUUUGCACCUGGAGCUGCUUCGCUUGCUGAAGAGUUCCAUAUCACGAGUUCGACCAUUGUCAGUCUCACCGUGUCUAUUUACCUCUGCGGCUUUGCCGUUGGGCCAAUGUUCAUUGCGCCGCUAUCCGAACUGUAUGGACGCCUUGUCAUCUACCACACCUGCAAUGUCAUUUACAUUGGCUUCAUCAUCGGGUGUGCGCUGGGCAAAAGUACCGGCAUGUUUCUCGUUUUUCGAUUCCUGGCCGGGUGCGCUUCUUCGGGUCCGUUGGCAGUGGGCGGAGGAACCGUCGCUGAUGUCGUCCCGCCAGCUCAGCGUGGGAGGGCAAUGUCUUUGUUCUUCAUGGGACCACUUCUGGGACCGGUCUUGGGCCCAGUGAUUGGUGGCUUUGUGUCCGAAUCAAUCGGCUGGCGAUGGACGUUUUGGAUCAUUCUGAUCCUAGCAGGAGUAUCAUUUACCAUAUCAGUCUUCCUCCUCCGCGAGACCAAUGCUGCCGUGCUCUUAGGAUGGAAAGCCGCCCGCCUCCGGAAAGAAACUGGCAAUGCUGCUCUAAUUUCAAAAAUGGAUCGAGGCCUGGGUCCCCGCCAGCUAUUCUUCCGUGCUAUUAUUCGACCAACCAAGUUCCUCAUCCUGUCGCCAAUCGUGCUACUCCUUUCCCUCCUGUGCGCGUUCGUCUUCGGGCUCCUCUUUUUGCUGUUUACCACGUUUCCUAUGGUCUUUGAGGAACAAUACCACUUCUCCGCCGGCAUUUCUGGCUUGUCAUAUCUUGGUGUCGGAAUUGGAAUGGCCGUCUCUCUCGGAGCCUUUGCAACCGUAAGCGACAAACUACAAAAGGCAACUGGAGCUUCGCCCAAACCUGAAGAACGCCUGAAGCCUAUGGCAUGGGUCAUGCCCGCCGUGCCCAUCGGGAUAUUCUGGUAUGGAUGGGCAGCGGAGACGCAAACUCAUUGGAUCGUACCCAUAAUCGGCACCUUUCUUUUUGGAUUUGGCAUUCUCUGGGUUGUAAUGCCAACUCAACUCUACAUGGUGGAUGCUUUUGGCCCUGAGGCUGCCGCCUCUGCGUUGGCUGCGAACGUGGUUGUCCGACUUCUUUUUGCUGCCUUUAUUCCAUUGGCAGGGCCCUCAUUGUAUGCAGACCUAGGGCUUGGGUGGGGAAAUAGCGUCCUAGGCUUCAUAGGCGUGGCUUUUCUUCCAGUGCCAUUCUUGUUCAAUCGUUACGGAGGGUGGCUUAGGGAGCGUUUUGCGGUGAAGCUAUAG